AUGGUGGGAUGGUGCCAGUCAGGUGGGGACAUUACAGCACUCAUCCUGUCCACAGGGGUCCAGGCAGCUGCUGCUGUCCCCAUCCUUCUGCCCAACCUGAAGUGUGGUGGCUUUGACCAUUGCCUGCGCCAGGGGAUCUGCCGGCCCACCCGGCGCCUCUGCAGCCCCACAUCAGCUCCAACUCCCAAGUUGUCGAAGAAGCCGAAGAUGCAGGCCACAGGGGACAUGUUCCCCACCGACUGGAGCCCACCGCCGCAUAUCAAGUUCCUGACCCCGAGGGUACCACAAGCUGGCAGGGAAGCCCCAGCCCACAGGUGGGUGGGCGAGGUGGUGCCUCAGGGCCUGAGGAGACUAUCCUGCUCGGUGCCUGUGGAGUUAGAGCAGGAUCCCCAGGAUUCAGACCCCAAGGAGGACCUGGCAUCACUGGAGGAGCAGUUCUGGAACAUGGUGGGCCCAAGUCAGCAGGCUGCGGCUCCAGCGCUCACCCCUGAGGGCUCAGAAAGCUCUGUCAGCAGCGUGGAUUACUUACUGCAGGGGAAGAGGGAGCAGACCCUGGAGCAGGAGCGGGAGAAGCUGCUUGUGCGGGACCGUCCUGAUCUUGAUUCCUUGGAUCUGGAUGAGGAGGACGUGCCUUUCACACCGGAGCACAGGAAGCUGGUGGAGAGGUUCUCCAUGGCCCUGCAGGUCAUCCCAUCAGUACAUCCAGGAGAGACCGUAUUUCUACCCAGGCGUCACCCCCUGCCUUGCAUCCUGGACUGUUCACACCUGAAGCCCCGUAACCACCUGGAAGGGCUGUUCCUCAGCUCCCCACUGGCCCAGCAGCUCUCCUUCCUGCACAGUGGCUUCCUGAGCAACCUCUACCUGCAAGAGCCCGCGUGUCCUGUGCCCCUUCUGCGGUGGCUGUUCCAGUUGCUGACAUGGCCUCCAGAAACUUCUUUGGGAGCCUUUGGUCUCCUGUGGGAUCUCAGUGUGGAUAGACUCUUUCGUCAAUCUGAUGAGGACGUGUGGUGCCCCUCGCUGCAAGAGAUCACGGAGGCGCUCUUUCGCCUGGGUGCCCACAGCCCUGCUCUGUACCCGGGGGCACCCUCUCAGCACAGUAGCAGAGUGCUUCAAAGUGAGGCUUCCCUGAGCUGGCGUGAGCAGCGGGACGCCCCCCAGGAGACCGCCUUGGACAUCAACCUGAGCUAUAUCUAUAAGUUCCUGACACUAUGUGCCCAAGCACAGCCAGAGGCCACCACUGAUGGAAACCUCUUGGACCUGAUAGAGCUGCUGUGCAGAGCUGGCCUGGACAUGAGGCUACGCCUGCUGCCCAACACCGACCUCCAGCAGCUCCUGCUGCUGCUCCUCGAGAACAUCCAGGAAUGGCCAGGGAAGCUCCAGCAGCUGUGCUGUGCCCUGAGCUUGGUGUCAGAUCACCACCACAAUCUGCUGGCCGUUGUGCAGUUCUUCCCGGACGUGACCUCCCGGAGCAGGCAGCUACGAAGCCAGCUCAGCCUCGUGGUCAUUGCCCGGCUGCUGGACCAGCCUGAGACACUCACCCUCUGGCAGGAGAAGGCCCACCUGGUAGUGCUCAGCCAGCUCCUGAGCCUCAUGAGGCCAUCAUCCCUCCAGCAGUACCUGGACUCUGAGACCUUGCCACCCUGCCAGGAGCAACAGCCAAAGGCCAGUGCUGAGCUAGAUUACAAGGUGUGCUACCUGUGUCACAGCCUCUUGACACUUGCUGGGGUGGUGGUCAGCUGCCAAGACAUUACUCCAGACCAGUGGGGGGAGCUGCAGCUGCUAUGCAUGCAGUUGGACCGUCACAUCAGCACCCACAUCCGGGAGAGCCCCCAGGCCAUGCACCGGACCAAACUCAAGGACCUGGCUACCCAGACCUACAUCCGCUGGCAGGAGCUGCUGUCCCAUUGCCGGCCCCAGGCCCAGCACUUCAGCCCCUGGGAAGACAUCUAA